AUGGUGACAUUCAAAAACCUUGGAUCUCUUAAGGAAUUGGUGGAUUUUUUGGAAAAGGAUAUAGUUAAUUUGAAAGUUGCUCAAGAUUUUCUUGAACAAACUUUGGAUGUAUUUCAAUUUGUUGGAGGUGAAAUUACCAAAAUUCAUGGAAAGGUUGCUAUUAGACAUAUUGUCGAUUGGGCUAAUGCUAAUGCUGGUGGUUACAAGGAUGAAGGAGCUCGUUUCAAUGUUGCCAUCUCUAACUUGUUCAUGACUAGAUCUUUGAAUAGACUUGGAUUCCCAGUUAAUGGUGAAAUUGUUUCCUAUGAAAUUUUGGCUACUGAUGGAACUACUAGUACUGUUAAUAUUCCUUGGGUUGGUUCUUCAUUGAUUAAUUAUCAAUCACCAAACGAUUUCUAUGCCUCAUGUCUUGCUACUGCUAAUAGAGCUAGAUUGACCAAUGAGGAAAAGAAGGUCGAUCCUCUCCAAGAAAAGAGAACUCUUCCACUUUUGUCUAAAGCAACCAAGGAUACUCACAAUAUUGUCAAUCUCAUCACUGGUGAUCAAGUUAAUUAUUUCCAAAUUGAUGGAAAGGUUGGUGUUAUUACUGUUGAAUCUUUUGUUCCAAAAGAUGAAGUUCAAUUUGCUAAAGAUUUCCAAACAGCCAUGUAUCUUGCCAAGCUCAAUAAGAUUCCACGUAUUAUUGUCGAUGUUACCAACAAUGGUGGUGGUGAAGAAUGUUUGGGUUAUGCCCUCAUUAAAUAUUUGCACUCUAAUGCCUUCUCUAGCAAUUUUGAAACUCUCUUUGCUAGAACUGACAUGAUUGCCACAGAAUUGGGAAGACAAUUAGCAACUGCUGGAACCAAAUUGUCACCAGAUGCUGAUUCUAUUUGGAAUUUUGCUACUUGGAAGACCAUUGAUGGAAAGAAUUUCAAAGAUGAAACUUGGUAUACCAAUCAAAAGAGUUACAUUAGAGGUACUGAUGGAAAACCAGCAUUCUAUUCAUCCAUUCUUAAGGAAAAUUAUUGUCAACCAUCAUUUGAUAAUUACUAUUUCACUGGUGAAGAUUUGUUAAAGUACUCACCAGAUGAUUUCAUUCUCCUCUCAAAUGGUAGAUGUGCCUCCACUUGUGCAUUGUUCACUCGUCACCUCCAAGAAUCUCAAAAGGUAAAGACUGUUGUCGUUGGUGGUUUGAGUGGUCAACCACAACAAAUUGCACAAGUUCCAGGUGGUCAAGUUUAUGAAUUUGAAGAUUUACUUGCUGAUAUUAAGAGUUUGAACAUUAAUUCAGAUGUUACUCCAAAGCCACUUCCAGUUCAAUCAAGAUUCAGAUUUGCCAUUCGUGAAGCUUAUGCUUGGAAUCAAAAUGAAUUAACUCCUUUGGAAUUCUUCUUUGAAGGUUCUGAUUUCAGAUUGAGUUAUACUAAGGAAAGUGCUGUUGAUAGAUCAAAGGUUUGGAUUGAUACUAUGAAAUUCUUUGAUAUUUGUGCUAAAUGGCAAACCAAGGCAUGUAACUUGACCAAUGGACAAGGUGUUCAAAAUUGUAAUACCAACACUGGUAAAUAUGUUCCAACCUGUAUCUUGACCAGCUGUAAUCCUGGAUUUGGUUUCUCUGCUGAAAAGAAGAACUGCAUUCCAUGUGCCAUUGGUGAAUAUAACCCAGGUCAACUUUCCUGUACUGCUUGUACUAAUAAGCCAGCUGAAAAUGCAGUCUACACCAACUCAUCCACUACCAACAAUUGUCCAUUCGCUUGUGAUGAUGGUUAUGAUUACAAUGCCUCAAAGAAUACUUGUGUCAUUUCAGAAGAUAUGAAAGUUGGUAAGGCCUUCUUUGGUAUCAUUAUUUCCCUAUGUGCUCUCUUCUUAAUCUUUGCAGUUGCCUUACUCAUUGUGACCGUUGUCAUGUUU